AGUCACGGUGAGGAGAGCAGACAGGUAGGCGGGCUGCGGGUCAGCUGCCGCGGGUCCAGCGAGUUCCAGUCUGCCUGCGUACCCCCCCGCGCUAAGGGAGCGAAGCCACCAUGUUCGGCUCGUCGCGGAGCAGCUUCGAGGAAGACCCCUUCUUCUCAGACUCCUUUUCUUCCCACAAUGAAAAUAUGCGUCAAAUGAUGAAAAGUUUGGCUCAGCCUUUUGGACAACUUCUCAGUAUCGCCGGUGGGAGAGGCCGUCGUGAGGAGGAUGAGGAUGAUGAUAAAGUUUCUUGUUCUGCGAGGAGCCAUGCCCUUGCUCCUUUUGGCAGCUUUGGUGGUCCUUCCCUUGUGCCUUUUGGCAGCUUUGGUGCAAUGAGUACAGAUGUCAGUCCUUUUCAGGCAAUGGACAGAAUGAUGUCAAAUAUGCGACACAAUAUGCAGGAUUUACACAGACGUUUUAGUGAUAUGUCAGUCGACCCAGAAGGGCACUCCUACUGUUCUUCUUCCAUUAUGACCUUCUCCAAAGUUGGUAAUGAGCCUCCAAAGGUUUUCCAAGCUUCUUCUCAGACACGAAGAGCUCCUGGAGGGAUUAAGGAAACUCGGAAAUCAUUGAAAGAUUCUGACAGUGGAAUAGAGAAGAUGGCUGUGGGUCAUCACAUUUAUGACCGUGCUCAUGUUGUAAAUAGGCUAAAAAACAACAAAACUGGUGACCAGGAAUUAAACCAAGAAUUCAUCAAUAUGCGUGAAUCCGAUGCCCGCGACUUCAACGAUGAAUGGCAGAACCAGAUUCUGAAGUUCAUUCAGGCAGGAAAGAGAAACUUGGAAAGUUCCAGAUUGAGAAAUGGUCACUCUGACAGUUCAGUAAACUAUGAAGAUAUUUCUGAAAGGCUGUAGGAGUUGGGAGGAAUGCUGCAGAAGGUGGAAGGCUCCCCAGAACCAUCGUUGGACCGAGCAGAAGGCUACGAAGUAAAGAGGAGCCUUGGUUGGCAGAGCGUCUCCCGUGCUAGCACAUUUUGAAACAAUUCUUUAAGGACUUAGUUUUCUUCCUAGUGAUAAAGGCAGGCUUGUCACCAGGUGGCUGGCCUGUCACCAGGAGGCUGGCCCCUAGGUGACAGAGAGCCCUUUUUUUGGCCACAGCAAUUCAUGAAGAUUCUCCUAAGUUGGGGUGGGUGGAGGUUAAGGUUAGUGGAGAAAGCUCCGCACCGGAAAGUCACCAGUCUUUUAAAAUAGGGACGUUUCCAGUGGAAAGACUUGAACGUAUACACCGUGUUGCUAAGUAGGACAGUAGUGUCCCUGGCCUGCUUUGAAAAUCUCAUUGACUGAGACUUGGCAAUGUAGACUUUUCAUGGGAGGUUCUGGAACACUAGCAGAAGGUGUUGACUUUGGAUGAAGAGUAAAGCUGACAUCCUAACAGUAGCCCUUUCCAAGACAAAGAGCAGGGACUGAAAGGUGCUUAGAGCAUAUGGCUGGUAAGGUGUCAGUAUAUUCUUUUAAAACAGCAGCUGCUUCUUUUUUAUUUAAUGUGGAGUGAAAUAAAAUCAGGUCAGAAUCUUUGAAGCUGAAUUAGGGCUGUUCAGAGAUAAAGAAUGAAGUCAUAGUGGAUUCUGUGCCGCUGCUGUUGAUUUACUAAGUGUGGCACCAUUUCAGGGAUAUGUUAACAUGUCUGUUUCUCUGUGUAUAUCUGUAUUACCCAGGGAGAGACCUCACCAAAGAUCAUCCAUUGAAAGCCGGAGAAGACCCAGAGCUUUGGAGGAAAAUCUCCACUUAAAGGGAUCAUCUGUCAAAUCCAGCAAAAAAUAAAUUUCCGUGCAUUUGACUUGAGUUUGUAUUUUGUUCUGAACAAAGGGGACGGUGCUGUAUGGUGCAAGACCGGUCUUGUUUCGCUUCAUUAUUCGCCUUGCUUUAUUACCUCCACUGGGGUUUGAGGACUCUUCCUCCAUUGUAACUGCUUAAGGAUAAGUGCCUGGUUUUCAGCAUUGAGGGAAACCAUUAACACGAAAAGCUCUUUUCAGUCUGUCAGCACAAAAGUGUGCCUCACUUUAAAAACUUAAAGAUAUUCAAAUGUUAACUUUGCUUUUCUCAUUUUCCUGUGGCCUUGUUGUUCCUACUUUUAAGCAGGUUUGGCUCAUAUGUCUAGCUUUAUGAUCUACAAAUAAAAUUUAUAUGAAAGUAA